GAUAACACAGUGGUAUUUUUGGUAGCUAAUAUUAGUAUAGUAUUUGUUUACUACUGUUUGGUCUUCUUCUAAAGUCUCGAACUCCCUUUUUAUUGCCGGGUCAGUUGCACCGUUCAAAGACUUCUCUCCCCCACCCUCAUCUCUCUCUCUCUUUUGUUAUAUGGCCAAAGCCAGUGGACUCUCCAUUGAUUCAGAUCCCAUUUCCUUUUUUCUUCACAAGCCAACUGUCCUCAAUUCUUUCCUUGAAGACACUUAAGACAACAACAACAACAUCAUCAACAUUAUCAACAAUCCCAAGCACUUCAGCAAAAUCUUGUUCCCUACUACAUCUCCCAUGGAUGCUACAAUAGCAAACAGGUCUCCUCCACCCAUCAUUCAGUUCCCUGUUAACCUCAACUGUUCCCAUGAUCAACAACACCCUUCUUUACCCACCUCUGAUGAUAAUAGGAGGGUCGUUGGUGAGAUGGAUUUUUUCGCUGAAAAGAAUAGUAAACUUGUUGGUGAUGAUGAUGAUGAUGAUGAUGAUGAUGCUGAUGCUGAUGCCGAUAUCAAAGACUCCACCGAUCGAACUGCCCUUGUGCUUAACGUUAACACUGGCCUAAAUCUGUUAACUACGAAUACUAGUAGCGAUCAGUCCACAGUGGAUGAUGGGAUAUCUUCCAACAUGGAAGAUAAAAGAGCUAAAAAUGAGCUAGCUGUUUUACAAGCUGAGCUAGAACGAAUGAACGCUGAGAAUCAACGGUUAAGGGAGAUGUUAAGCCAGGUAACUAGCAACUACAACACGGUACAGAUGCAUCUGGUCACCCUUAUGCAGCAACAGCAUGAUGUGAAAGCUGAAAAAACUGAAGAACAAGAUCAGAUGAUGAAAGAAAAAUUAGAACAAAAGAAAACAAAUGGAGGACUAAUAGUGCCAAGACAGUUUAUGGAUCUUGGUCUAGCUGCUGCUACAGCAGCCGCACCUGAUACUGAUGAACCUUCGCUGUCUUCGUCGGAGGGGAGGAGUCACGACCGUUCUGGAUCGCCUAAUAAUAAUACAGAGGUAGCUUCCAGAGAAUUUGGAUUGAGGAAGCAUGGGAGUAGUGAAGAAGGUCGGGGAACUGGAAGAGAAGACAGCCCAGAUCAAGGAUCCCAAGGUUGGGGUGCUAAUAAGGUUCCAAGAUUUAACUCUUCAAAAAAUGUUGAUCAAACUGAGACUACCAUGAGGAAGGCACGAGUUUCUGUUCGAGCUAGAUCAGAGGCGCCUAUGAUCACAGAUGGAUGCCAAUGGAGAAAGUAUGGACAGAAAAUGGCCAAAGGAAAUCCAUGUCCUCGAGCAUAUUAUCGAUGUACCAUGGCUGCUGGUUGCCCAGUUAGAAAACAGGUACAAAGAUGUGCAGAAGAUCGAACAAUUCUCAUCACCACAUAUGAAGGAAAUCACAAUCACCCUUUGCCUCCAGCUGCAAUGGCGAUGGCGUCAACCACAUCAUCUGCAGCACGAAUGCUGCUAUCAGGUUCUAUGUCCAGUGCUGAUGGACUAAUCAACUCGAAUUUCCUCACAAGAACUCUCCUGCCGUGCUCCUCUAGCAUGGCUACUAUAUCAGCUUCAGCCCCAUUCCCCACUGUUACCUUGGACCUAACACAGACACCAAACCCUCUACAGUUCCCAAGGCCACCAGGCCAGUUCCAGGUCCCAUUUCCAAACCCACCACACAAUCUUGCCAAUUCCCCAGCUGCACUGCUACCUCAAAUUUUUGGUCAGGCACUUUACAACCAAUCCAAAUUCUCUGGUCUACAGAUGUCUCAAGAUGUGGAACGACCUCAAUUGGGUCACCAACUGCAACAGGGGCAGCAAAAUUCACUUGCCGACACUGUAAACGCAGCCACUGCUGCCAUCGCAGCUGAUCCUAAUUUCACUGCAGCUCUAGCAGCAGCUAUUACCUCUAUUAUCGGGAGUUCUCACCCCAACAACAUCCCUAAUGGGACCAGCCCCACUUCUGCCACCAACAGUAGUGGCAAUGUUACUACUACUAGCAACAGCAACAGCAAUGGCAACAAUAAAAUCAGCAAUUCCAGUUUUGCUGCAAAUUAGAAGAAGUUGAAACCACCUUCAAUUCUUUUUUUUUUUUUUUUGUGGAGGAAGAGGGACAUGCACUCUUCUUUUUUUUUUUUCUUUUUAUCAGGAAGAAACUGCAAAUUAUACAUAUGUCUAGCCAUUUUGAAUAAUUUGUUCCAACUUGUAUGUCAAUGCAAAGUCCAAAAAAUAUUAUAAAAAAAGAAAGAUCGAAAAGAAAUGCAAAAAAAAAAAAAAA